AAUGCACAAGCUACUGCAAAGAGCAGAGCUAAAGUGCCACCUAGGUACUGCUUGCGUGUAUAAAGUAAACGUAUAAGCUCACUGGGGGUGCCGAACAAAUUCACUGACUUUUCGUACUCGCUUUUGUGGUAACCAUGCCUAAACGUUUGCUGCAAGUGAUGCGAAUAAAAAAGUGACGCCACCACUAUAAUGCCCUCGGCAGUCACGGGAUACUGGGAAUUUUAGUCAAACACGGGACGAUAGGCCGUCACUUUGCCAGUAGGGUAUCGGAAACCUAUGGCCGCUCUCAGCAGCAUCUGGUACGUCAGAAGCAGCAGGCCUCUCCGCUGGCUCAGCAGGAAGAUGUGGCGCCCAGGCCUGCCAGCUACACAAGUCAUGCCGGUAACUACAGUGUCAACGUCACCAGCCAAGCGAUCAAAAGAUGAGGUGACCUACCCUGCGGGCCCUGUGCUGAAGUUUGCAAAGUUGAGUGAUCAAGCCUACACGCCCACUAGAGGGUCGACACGGGCAGCGGGAUAUGAUCUAUACAGUGCAUAUGAUUAUGUUAUUCCUGCUCUUGAUAAAAUGGUGGUAAAAACAGACAUCCAGAUUAGCGUACCUACAGGGUGCUAUGGGAGAGUUGCUCCACGUUCUGGCUUAGCUGCCAAGUAUUUCAUUGAUGUUGGAGCCGGGGUCAUUGAUGAGGACUACAGAGGGAAUGUUGGUGUUGUGUUAUUUAAUUUUGGGAAGGAAGCUUUUGAAGUGAAAAAAGGUGAUAGAGUGGCACAGUUGAUAUGUGAGAGAAUACUAUACCCUGAACUUGAAGAAGUCCAAGCUUUAGAUGAUACAGAACGUGGUGCUGGUGGCUUUGGCUCUACUGGUCAGAAUUAAAUUAAUUCAUUAACUUGCAUUUAUUGUGGGUUUUUUUGUUUGUAUAAUGCACUGUUUAGUUGUUGUCCUUUAAGGUGCUAUUUAAUAAAACCAUGCUGUAGUUUUGUCUGCUUUCUCUAUGCAGUCACUGUUUAUUAAUACAGGCUUAAGUCUACAAAUGUAUAUGAAAUGAAUUUCUAAAUCAUUAGUCCUUUUUAUGACUCUCUUUUUAUUGUAAGAUACCCACUUCCUGUCUGGGUGGUUGAAAAGAUAUUAAAAAUGCAUUGUAAACGUACAUAUUCAUCUACACAACAAAAGAAACAAUAAAACAUUUGGAAAAAAAACU